AUGAAGUUGCUGUUUUCACUGAUAGCUAGUUCCACGAGCUGGGCUCAAAAGACAGAUACGAAGCUUCAAGAUGAGCAAAGUUCACAGUCCGGUCGAGCAGCUCGCGAGGUAACGAAAAACUCCUUCUCCUCCCCACCUCCUCGUCGUCCAUUACGGUCGAUCUCCAACUCGGAGAGACUCUGGCGAAAAAUGCAAAAGCGUCGCCGUGCGCCCAUAAUUCGCCCGGGCUUCGGCGCGCACGCCGUGCACAACGAGUUUUUGCACGAAAAAAAUGAGCGAGAAUCUGCGCCAAAAAGAGAGAAUGGCCUAGAAAGAACCUACCAGUGGCCGCAGUUUGGCCGCGCAGCCAAGGUUGACUCUUUCGCCGCCUACUUCGAAUAUGAAGCAGAAGAGGCCGAGCUCGAGGAAGAAAUGGCUGCUACUAGCGCUGGAUUCAACUUUGACGAGCUCGAGGACGUCUGCGGCAAGAGCGCGCAAUCAGACCCGAUCAAGAGAAAAAGAUGCCGGAAAUAUCAAAAAGACUUGCUGAAGGAACACAUUCAGUUGGAAAUUAAAGAUUCUGUGCAGAAGUUCGAGACGGAGCAGACUGAAAUGUUGGGGGAUAUUGGGCUUGCGCCUGAAUGUGAUGCAGAGAAUUCAAAGCAAUAUAAAAAGUCUGGCCAAUGCUGCCACGAGGGAAAACUUCAUCAAUCCGGCGAUGUCUGGGAAAGUCUAAUUGAAACUUCGUUCGACAAAUACCGAAUGGUAUGCGGCUGCUCAGAUGGAAAAACAGUCUGUGAAGACAGCGAUUUCGAGGAGCUCCUGAAGAGAAGAGAAAAAUGCAGUUUGAGGACAAACUGGUACAUAAAGAAGAUUCAGAAGGGAUUGAUCAAGCGAGAUUUGAAGACGGAAGGAUUGAUCUCUGUCCAGCCGAUUUCUGGUCUUGAGGGAUACAAAGUCAACGACAUGACUUUGUUCAGUUUCAUGAAGAUGAAAUGCCACAAUGGCACGUUCUAUCUGAAUGGGGAGAAAGUAGGAACUCCGUAUGGAGAUGAGUACACAGCUGAUUUUGGAACCGAGCUCGAUUUUGACUGCAAAAUCGCCAAGGGAAGAUUCGACAAAGACGACAUCGAAGAAGAAGAGGAAGAAGAAGAAUUCCGAAAGCGACGAGAAGCCAGCGAACCUGAAUGGAGACAACUUCCUUCUUGUGUUCUAGACACGCCACUAGAAGACGCGCCUAGUAAUGAUGCUGAAACACCAUCGAAUGAUUCUGAAAAUGGAUCAGAUCAUACUGCUGGCUUUGAUCCUUCGACAGCGAGAAUUUUGGGAGGAACGAAGGUUGCGUCGACUGGAGAGUUCCCUUGGCAGUGUCUCCUUAUUACUCAUAGUGGUUCAUUCUGUGGAUGCGUCGUGAUCGACGAGCAAGUUAUUCUGACAGCGGCUCAUUGCGUUCUGACAUCUUCAACAGGCAAUGAAGACAGCUUCCUAGAGGGCGAUGCUCAGGAAGUAACCGCGAUGGCUAUUUUGGGCACUGUAGACAGAAUGUCGAGCUUUUCGCAGCGAAUCCGAGUCCAGAACUGUGGAAUUCAUCCCGGAUUCAAGUCUGAUGGACCGAUUAUGUACUACGAUAUUGCUUUUUGCACUCUGAGGGAUACAAUUGAUUUCAAUGAUGACAAGGCUCCUGUUAAACCUGCUUGCCUCCCAUCCCAGCUCGAGAAAGAAGAAGCACAUGGCCAGAAAAUGUGCAUCGCAACUGGCUUUGGAACCACAAGUGAACAAACAAUCGCGCUCUCCAACUGGAUGAUGAUGGUCAACCUGAAGCCGGUCGGCACUGACACUUGUCGCGCCGCUUAUCAAGGCAUGAUUCUUGAACCAAAAAACGACCCGGCUGAUAACGUCAUUGGAGGCAUCAGAGAUGACAUCCACUUUUGCGCUGGAGGUGUUUCUGGAAAAGAUUCCUGCCAGGGUGAUUCGGGAGGGGCCCUUGUUUGCGAUCUUCAUCCCUUCACCAGCCCAGAUCGACAGAGCAAAUGCGGCUCUUACUUUCUUCAAGGCAUCGUUUCUUUCGGAAAAGGCUGUGGACGAGCCGGAAUUCCCGGGGUUUACACAAAUCUCAAUGAUCGAGAUGUGGCUGAUUUUGUCGAUUUUGGCCUUGGAAUCGGGAAAUCAGGAGAUUGGAGGGACUUCAGAUCGUGGGUCAACUAUCAUGACAAGAUCAACUCUUGGGCAAUUUGUUUGGGAGGGAUAUGCGGAGAUCAACAAAAUAAACCAACUUCCAAACCUUCAUUGGAGAGAAAGGGUGACCAGAAAGAUUGUCCAGCCAAGUGUCUUGAUCGAUACGAAAGAUGCGACAAAAAAUGCUAUCGAAAGUGGCUGAGACAGCAAGCAAAGAAACCGAAAACAACGAAAGCUCCAGAAACGACGAUUCCUGAAACAACCUCUGUUCUGGAGACAACUUCCUCGUUCUGGCAACCAACAACUACAACACAGACUGAGUUCUACACAACAACAACGACGACAACGACACAGAGGCCGACUCAAACGACGAAGCGAGAUUUCCAACGAUUUGGUGAUCGAAAAUUGAUCAAACAACUCACUCGUCAACUCGCUCGUCUUGAAGAGAAAAACGCAGAAGAUCCCAACCCCCGCCUCGAAGAAAAGAUCCAAGAAGUCAAAGAGGACUUCUACCUCCUAAUGCGUCCAGGUUCCGACCCGACCACGGCCAAAGCGUCUAACCACAUGAUGAAAGCAAUUGUUCCGCUCUGGCAAGUAAACAGCUGCAACAAGAGAUAUGAAAAGAAACUCAAUGAUAUUCAUAUCUGCGCUGGCGGACUUGGCACCGACACAUGCCAGGGCGAUUCUGGCGGAGCCAUGUCCUGUCAGAUCCCGCGAGGCCACCCCGUCUACGAAAAGUGCCAAGGAUACUUCGUCCGCGGACUCACUUCCUUUGGACUCGGAUGCAACCAAAUUGGCACGCCUGGAGUUUACGUAGAUCUAUCAAACAAAGGAAUCGAAAACUGGAUCAACGAUAUCAUUAGAUUUCUCGCGCGAAAAGGAGCAGAAAACCUCAAAACUGGAGUCAGAUACGGAAUCUUUGAGAAGAACUACGAUUCUUACUUCGAGCACUAA